UGACAUACGUUGUAAAAAUCCGACGAUUUGAUAUAAAUACGCUUGACUUUUACUGAUUAGUACGAUACACUAUUUUGUUAUCAAUUAUUGUCGUCCGGUUCCCCUCCAACCUUACUUUAGCAUUAACUUUACAGCUUUUACAUUUAUUGUGUUCGCGACUGUAUGGUGAAUGUGUUGUGCACUUCAGCGAUUUAGCUCUCUCUGUGCUCUCUCUUGAUAUAAAAGUUACAAAACAUUAUUGACCUAAAUCGGUGACAUUAACAAAACACUUUCUAAUUAUUUCAGAAUAAACGUAACAAUUUAACGUAACAUCUACGUUUCCGAGACCUAACUUGCCAUACCAGUGUUAUCGAAAAUUUAAAAAUGCCGUGCCCCUUUUUAACAAGGCUCAGCCAAAAUUACGUGAAAAACUAUGCAUCGAUUCUGCUUAAAACCUACGGAAACCAGUGCCCUGUAAUUUCGCACAGCAUGAGUACUGUGGCUGGACAGGAUAUAAAAACGUCUCAAGAAUCUCAAGAGCAGAGUUCCUGUCCGUUUUUGAAGGAAGUGAACAGUGUCAUCAAAGAGGUGAAAAACGAUGACACUAUUGAAAUGAAGAAUGACACUUCGGUGUUUGCUUACGAUGCGUUCUUCCACCAACAAAUUAUGAAGAAGAAAAAGGAGCACAGCUACCGCAUUUUCAAAAAAGUUAACAGAUUGGCGGGGCCUGGGCAAUUUCCUAGUGCUCUGGAGUAUUCGUGGGGGGAAAAACCCAUCACUGUGUGGUGCUCUAAUGACUACUUGGGAAUGUCCUGUCACCCUCAGGUUAAGCAAGCCGUGAGAGAUGCUCUUGAAAAAUAUGGCACUGGAGCUGGAGGAACUAGAAAUAUCUCUGGAAAUUCCACCUUGCAUGAAAAACUGGAAACUCUAUUAGCAUCGCUACACCAAAAAGAAAGAGCUUUAUUGUUUACUUCUUGUUUCGUUGCUAACGAUUCAACUCUCUUCACGUUGGCAAAAACGUUACCAGAUUGUCGGAUUUUCUCAGACGCGGGUAAUCAUGCUUCCAUGAUACAGGGUAUCCGGAAUAGUCAAGUACCGAAGUACAUCUUCAGACACAACGAUCCCUCCCAUUUGGAGGAAUUAUUGAAAGGAGUCAAUAAAAAUAUUCCGAAAAUAGUUGCAUUUGAGACGGUUCACUCGAUGUCGGGAGCGGUGUGCCCCCUGGAGGAACUCUGUGAUGUUGCUCAUAAAUAUGGAGCCUUAACUUUUAUUGAUGAAGUGCACGCUGUGGGAUUGUAUGGCGAACAUGGCGCUGGAAUCGGGGAACGGGACGGAAAGUUACACAAAAUGGAUAUCAUUUCGGGAACAUUGGGGAAAGCGUUCGGAAAUGUUGGUGGUUAUAUUGCGUCGUCUUCAACUCUAGUCGACAUGAUCCGCUCCUACGCCGCUGGUUUUAUAUUUACAACUUCACUGCCCCCAACGGUGCUAUCGGGCGCGCACAAAGCCAUCGAAAUUUUGGCGUCGGAUGAAGGCAGAGAGUUGAGAAAGCGCCACCAAGAAAACGUCAAAUAUCUCCGAAACAACUUACUGAGAAACGGAUUUCCAGUUGAGCACACUCCGAGUCACAUCAUUCCAAUAAAAAUCGGAAACCCGGCGCAAUGCGCCUCCGUUUGUGACACAUUAUUGAGAGAGAAAGGCCAUUACAUCCAAGCGAUUAACUACCCCACGGUGGCCAGAGGUCAAGAGAAACUUCGAUUGGCCCCAACACCCCACCAUACGAAGGAAAUGAUGGACAUUCUCGUAACGGACCUUAAAGAAGUGUGGGAAAACUUGAACUUACCGUUCACGGGCCUCCAGUGCGGAAAGGAAUGUCGGUACUGCCAAAAGCCGAUUCUGUUCGACUACUUCGAGUCGAGAACCCGGGAAUCGUGCGCUAAGGAUCUUCCUUGUGACAUUCCAAACUGCCCACAAUUAGUUGGUUUUGUGUAAAAAAGGUGCAUUUUAUUUUUGUUAAAACGGGAUUGGCGGGGAAAUUGCUUUAGUAAAUUUAUCAAGGAAGUAUUUUUUUAUUUAACCCAAGUUAAUAGUAUUUCGGAAUGUGGUUAAAGUUUCUUUGUGGCUGUGGGGCAAACAAGGUCAUUUAGUCAAACGAGGCAAUAUAGUUGGUUACCGAGCUUUAAUUAUAUGGGGGAGGUUAAAAAUACAUUUAUUUUUGUUCUCAACUAGUAAAAAAGUUACCUAAAUAAAUAACUACUUUUUUAA